AUGGAUGCGGAAGAAAUUGCUUCUUCGAUUCGAGGAAAGCUUUUCCAAACGGAUCAGCUACCACCAUCAUCUCAGCACCGUCGUUCCAUAUUUAGAGUUCCAAAUAUGCUACGCAGGCAUAAUGAAAAGGCUUUCGUGCCAGAAGUAGUUUCGAUCGGUCCAUUUCACCACGGGAAUACGCAGCUGCAAGCAACGGGAAAUAAUAAGCUAAAGUAUUUGAAAUGCCUCCUCCGUCGAACAGGAACUGCGGAAUUGGAGUGCUUGGUAAAAGCCAUCGAUACGAUUGAGCAGGAUUGCCGUAAAUAUUAUGCAGAAGAGGUUGAUCUUAGUAGAAAGGAAUUCAUAGAGAUGAUGGUGAUCGAUGGUUGCUUUAUCCUCGAAUUCCUCUACAGAUAUCAGCAAAAACGGAGGGGAACACAAGGAAAGGAUGAUCCUGGGUUUAAAACGUCAUGGAUGCCAAGGAAAAUAAUAGUCGACUUGCUCCUACUUGAGAACCAACUUCCAUGGUGCGUGCUCGACUCACCUAACUCAGCGCGCAGUCAUGAAAAGCACGCGCAUUUACUCGAUUGGUUCCGAAACUGUUUAGUUAGAUCAUGUACUGUAAAACGGAGUAAUUGCUCAGAAGCCUCAGAGUGGAAACCAGUUAAGCCUGUAACAGAGCUUAUCCUGCAUGGAAUAAUUCCUUUGAAAGCUAAAUCCAGAGAUAACAUCCUCGAUGUAAAGUUCAAAAAUGGCUUAAUGGAAAUCCCAGAAAUAGUUAUAGAGGAAAACACAGAAUCUGUGUUUAGAAACCUCAUCGCAUUUGAGCAUUGUGAUCAGAGGAAGGGCAAUGAAAUCACGUCUUAUGCUGCUCUCUUGGAUUGCCUGAUUAAGUCUCCCGCAGAUGCACUUGAACUCGAACAGAGAGAUAUUCUACGAAUUAUUGGUUUGAGCAAUGAGGACAGGGCAAGUUUCUUCAACAGGCUGCUUUCUAAUAAUGAUACCAGUUUCCAUGGUUUUCUCCACUCAGGUCUCUGCCAAGACUUGAACAAAGCUUAUUCCUCCAAAUGGACGGUAUGGAAAGCACGUCUUAGGCGCGAUUAUUUUAUUGGACCAUGGGCGCUCAUGGCUUUCGUUUUGGGAGUCGUCUUUUCUCUAGGUCUUUCCAGUAUUCAAACAGUUAUUGCUGUCCUCUCCUACAAGGAUUCUAAUUCUAAAUCAGCCAAGUAA